AUGAAGACCCUGCUCCUGACCAUCGGCCUCAACCUCAUUGCUAUCCUACAGGCACAAGAUCCCCCUGCCUCAGAAAAGGACCCCGCAGAUGUGUCAGGGAAAUGGUAUCUGAAGGCCAUGACUGCAGACCUGGAGAUGCCUGAGAAUAAGCCAGAGUCAGUGACUCCCAUGACCUUCACAGCCCCGGAGGGGGGCAACCUGGAAGUCAAGAUCACCAUGCUGAUAAACGGUCAGUGCCAGGACAUGAAAGUGGUCCUGAAGAAAACCUCCGAGCCCGGCAAAUACACGGCCUAUAAUGGCAAGUGGGUGGUGUACACAAGGCCGUCGCCCGUGAAGGACUACUACAUUCUUUACUGUGACGGCGAGUUCCAGGGGAAGCACGUCCUAAUGGCAAAGCUCGUGGGAAGGGACCCCGAGAAGAACCAGGAGGCCUCGGAGAAUUUUCAGGAGUUCACAAGAGCCAAGGGAUUCGACCAGAAGAUCUUGGAACCCACACAGACGGUGGAACUGCCAGCAGAGUGA